ACAGCGGGGAUGAGUCAUCUAGUGUUUAUAUACAUAUCUAUGGCUGGGAGGGAGUACAGCCGUAUGUCUGGGGGUUUUGUGAGAACACCAGCGCCGCUACAGGAAGUAGCUUCCAGUGAACGAAUUGUUUGCUGCCAUUUUAGCAAGCUUACGGACUACAAGUGAACAAUGGGGAUCAAAGAGCUCCAGCUUGCGUCAGAUUCACAUCAUAACUCUAUUCUGACUUCUCUGCAUCAACUGAGGACCAAGGGCCAGUUUUGUGAUGUCACAGUGGAAGUGGACUAUGAGGGAGACGUGCAGGAGUUUCAGGCCCAUCAGGUGAUGCUUGCUGCAUCCAGCGGCUACUUCAAGAACAUCCUUUUAUCUCCAGAUGCAAUCAGAGACAAGUUAUCACUCUCAACUAUCAAAGUCAGUGAUUUUUCCAAGUUUUUGGACUUUGUGUACACUGGAAAGGUUGAAAUGGACAGAAGCAACAUUGGUGACAUUCAAGUUGUGGCACAGUUAUUGGAUUGUGAGAGUCUGUCUGAGAUUUGUGGUAAGGCCUUGGGUGCUGGAGUGGCACAAAAUACCCAAACGACAAAAUGUGUACCCAAAGACCGAUCUGCAGAUGAAGCAUGUGCUGACGAGCAAAACGAAAAGACCAAACAAAAGAAGCGAACUCAAAGCUCCCCUCUUCAACUGCAGAAUGCUCCUCAGAGCUCGGAGAAAGAGAAAGUUCCUACGAAAAGGAUGAAGGUGAAAAACAUUCUGAAGAAAAAAAAACGAGGAAAGAAGUUGAAACUGAAAGUGGCGGGCCGUAAAGUUCUCCAGAGGCGCUUGUAUUACUCUUCAAAUGAGAACCUUCAUGGUGAAAACCGAGGUAACGAUUCAGUCGCAGAAGAGAACAGGAAUGAAGACGAGGCUCAGUCAGACAAGGAAAAGGGUGAAGUAGAUGAUCCAGACGCUUCUCUGAUGGAGUCGCCCUCAAAUCUGCAUGAUUGGGACUGUGAGGAAGACGUGCCCAGCAUUGAUUCUCAUGAAUCCUUGUUUACUUUGGGGGAGGGGGAGGAAAUUAAAGGACAGUCACAAGAGAAACUGCAUAAAGCAUCCAAGGCUCAGUUCCAAUGUAACAAGUGUCAGCGAACCUUUCACUACGAGAAAAGCUACUUGAAGCACAUCAGUAUGUACCAUGGAGUGAAAGCUGAUUUCGUCUAUCGCUGCGAGACCUGCCAGCAGACAUUUGCUAAUCGCAGCAACCUCAAAAUCCAUGAAAAGCACGUUCACAGUAACGAGAGGCUUUUUGAGUGCAGCCAGUGCGACAAGACCUUCAAACGGAAGAAGGAUGUUGUCCGGCACACGAAACAGGUACACGAACGGGUUAUGCGACAUCUGUGCCUCAGCUGUGGGAAAGCCCUUAGCUCCAAGGCUGCCUUGUCGUUGCACGAGAGGACGCACACAGGCACUAAGCCAUACGAGUGUACCGAAUGCAAGGCCAGAUUUACCCAGAACUCUGCCCUUAAGAUGCAUCGCAGGACUCACACCGGUGAGAAGCCAUAUGCAUGUGACGAAUGUGAUGCCCGCUUCACUCAGAAGCACAUGUUGGCCUAUCAUAAACGAUCACACACAGGGGAGAAACCCUAUAUGUGUGAGGCCUGUGGGAAAAGCUUUGCCUCUAAAGAAUACCUUAGGUACCACUCAAACAUCCACACAGGCUCCAGGCCGUACAAGUGUGAUCAGUGUGGUAGAGGCUUCGCACAAAGGAACUCUCUCAACCAACAUUUAAAAAUACAUACAGGUGAGCGUCCCUACAGCUGUAAAGACUGUGAUAAACAGUUCACUCAGCUUAACGCUCUCCAAAGGCACCAGCGGAUUCACACUGGAGAGAAGCCAUACAUGUGUGGACUCUGUAAUCGUACCUUUACUGACAAGUCCACUCUUCGACGGCACACUCAGAUCCAUAACUCGGAUGCUCCGUGGAAGACCCACCUGGUGGUGCUGGAGGGAAAUGUCGAGGAAAAGAAGUCUCCCUCUAAAGAAAAAGCAGAUCCAGAGAAGAAACGGACAACUACUAAAGGUUCUGACAAUGCUCCUGAUGUUUCUGUCUCGGCUCCUGCCACUAGCUCGGCUGUUGUUGAUGCUGAUACAACCCAAACAGAAACGACUGUGGUUUCAUCUGAGCCAAUCACUCUCCCAUCUGGCUGGGCCAGCCAAGGAACCAUUGCUCUAGUGAGCCACGGUGGUAUCACUCUAUUCCAUUCUGACGAUCCAGCAGGGAUCCAGCCCAUAGUAGCUGCUAACGGCACUGGAGCAAGGAUAAUUUCCUUAGGUUCUACCAUCCCUGUCCCUUUCUCCAUACCAGUCCCGGCAUCUCAACCUGUAACUGUGUCCUCUGAAGGUCCUUCCACAUCUCUGUCAUCUCUCUCGAUUCCCGUUUCUGACGGCAUGUUAGCUUCAGUCACAGACAUCUCCACCGUCUCCACAUCAUCUGUGAUCGAAGCAGCUGCUUCUCAGACUAUUUUAGCUUCACCCGUAGAAAAUACAACCAUUACUCAGACUUCAGCGUCAGACUAUAAUGUUGUUAUUAUAGAUGAUCGGAUUAUUCAGAAACAAACAUCUGUGGUCCAAAGUGAAGAACAAAAUGAGACGGCAGGUGAUUCUUCAGUGGAACCUAAAAGCUCAGCAGAUCAGCAGAUGGUGUAGAAAACGUAUUCUUCCCACUAGAACCAUUGCAGUGUCCCUGCUUAUCUUAAACAUCUUAAGGCAUUUUGUCUCUCAAAAGAAAACUGGAAUUACAUUUCCUCCUGCUUUUCAGCCACCGGUGUUUUCAGGACCACCUUCCUUGCAAGCAACCCAAAACUUCAGUUUCUUCAACAAAAACAUUGGAUGACCUUACAGAAAUAAUAAUAAUAAUCAUAAUAAUAAAUAAUACAUUUUAUUUAUAAUGUGCUUUACAUUACAUAAGUAAUCUCAAAGUGCAGUUUCUCCCAUGGUUUAGCACUACAGGAACCCUGCUAACAAAGAUCUAAAUAGCUGUUGAGAAGUCCCGCCCUUCUUACCAGUUGGAUAACUGAAGUAAAAACUUCAUACAUUUUGGAUAAACAAUGGCGUUUCUGUAUUAUUUUGUACAUUGCCUCCAUUGUUUUGAGGUUUAAAUUCAAAGUAACGAUGAAAGUAAAUGUAACUUUUCUUCUAUGCCUGGCAAGUCAUAAUUUACAUUCGGCUUUAUGUUGAAGAAAAGUAAGGUAGGUAUUCUGGUCAUUUAGAUGUUGCUACCAAUGAAUUUGAGCAUUUUUGUCUGAAUAAAUCUUUUUUUCUUAGAUACUUUUUUCAUUGGCAUUCUGUUUGACUAUCAUUAGUCAGAUUCCAUAGAUUGCUUUACUUUUUUUUUUAAAUGUAUCCACAUCUUGUUCAAAUUGUCUUUUGCUGUAAAAAUUUGUGACAUAAGUAGCUAAUGUCUCCUUUUAUUUCCCUGCGCUGGCUCUAAAGCUCAACCGUGGCUAUUGGUGGUGGGGUUUAAACUCAACAAUGUUGAAAACUGUUAUCGGAUUACUUUCAUGAAAUAGUUUUGGCCUUUGUGACCAGGUAAUGUUUCCUGUGGUUUUUUUAAUUGCAAAUCUGUAUUUUUACAAAACAGGCAAUAUUUCCAUUUAGAUUGUAUGCUAUCUGUAAUACUUUAUUUUACAUGUAUAUUAUGAACACAACUUGUCUUAGAUUAAAAUCGCAUAGUGUCAGUUCUA